CUUACGCUCUCAGACGGCACUCGCGGGCAGGGAGUCAUGCGCGGUCUCUCCGGGCGCGCGGCGCUGCGGGGGCUGAUGUGCCGCACGCGGGCCCCGGUCGCAAGCCUGCUUGCGCGCUCCAGCUCUGAGCUGCUCUGCCUGAGGCAGACACUCUGAAGUCCAGGUGACACCUGGGUCCUGGCAGGGGAACCCAGGUCCAGGAGACAUGAAAGGGUGAGGCCUCGGCAGCCCCGAACCCCCCUCUUCUAAAGGAGGACCCUCCUGGACCCUGGAGCGGACGCUGGUUGCGGUGAAGCCAGACGGGGUGCAGCGGAGGCUUGUUGGGGAUGUGAUCCAGCGCUUUGAGAGGAGGGGCUUCAAGCUGGUGGGGAUGAAGAUGCUGCAGGCACCAGAGAGCAUCCUUGCUGAGCACUACCACGACCUGCAGAGGAAGCCCUUCUACCCAGCCCUCAUCAGCUACAUGAGCUCCGGCCCGGUGGUGGCCAUGGUCUGGGAAGGCCCCAAUGUGGUCUGCACCUCGAGGGCCAUGAUAGGACACACCAACUCGGCUGAGGCCGCCCCUGGCACCAUCCGGGGAGACUUCAGCAUCCACAUCAGCAGGAACGUCAUCCACGCCAGCGACUCCGUGGAGGGGGCCCAGAGGGAGAUCCAGCUGUGGUUCCAGAGCAGUGAGCUGGUGGACUGGGCAGACGAAGGCCACCACAGCAGCAUCUAUCCAGCCUGAGCACACAGGGUGCCCUCGGUCACCCCAGCAUCCACCCAGGACCAACUACCUCUGUCGACAAGACCUUGAGCCCACACCCAUGCCCUGCCCAUCUGUCCCAGACCCACCCGCCUGUCCACCUGCUGCGCCAACCCCAGCCCAGAGGGGUUGAGCCACCAACUUUAUGUGCCUUUUAGUAUUAUCCGAAGCAAGCAAGAGAUUGGACAAAAUCCUUUCUGUACCAAAGUGCCAGACAAGCUUUGGGGU